CUGCUCAGUCUCCUAAGCCCACAUUAAGAAAAUCUGACAUGUCUUUGGAAAAGAUGUCAGAAGUAGAGGGUUUUAAAAGCACCCUUGGACUUAAGAAGAUGGUUGACAGGUGGCAGAAUUCACACACUUGGUGUCUAUGGCAAACGACAUUGAGUCAGAGGAGAAACCCAUAUGCCAUCCUGAGAAUGCAGAACACCGUGGCACAAGAGUUGGCACUGGCCAACCAGCAACUGCUGAAGGUCCGCCAGGCUGCCCUGAACCAGCUCUUUGAAAAGGAACACCAGCAGUACCAGCAGGAGCUCAGUCGGAUGGGCAAAGCUUUCUAUGUGGAGAGAUUCUGAUGGCAUCCACAGUAGUCGCUCAAGUCUAGCCUUUGGGAUCCCUGCCUUCUUGAACUUCCUUACCGCGCCCCCCCCCAAAAAAAAAAAAUCUCACUAACUGCCCUGCCCUGCCCUGCCCUACCCAGCCCUGAAGACUGUGCUCACUUAUUUAUUCUUGGUUCUGUAAACCCCUAGGCUAUUUGGGAAAUGAUAGUUAAAAAGAGUGACGCCUUGUGGUCAACAGGAGAGAGACGCUGUGGAAAUGAGGUGGAUGAUGUGAAAAUGGGCAGUUCUGAGUUGGUUUUAACACACAAAGCUGGCUCAUAAAGAUGCAGAAAGAGA